CAUCCCGCCCACAUCAGACUCUUUCGUACAGGCGUAUUUGUCCAAGUCGCUGACGUAGGUGGCUAUUUCUCUCUCGCUACGCCCACUGGUUAUAAAACACCGGACAAUAAACUGUCAAUAGCAGAAGUGGUCAACAAUAGAUUAUCGCGAAGAAAGCGAGGCAACGUGUUGUCGCAGUAUCUUCUGUUAGAAAACUUAUUUUUACACCCAGCCGGACAAAGAGUAUUUUGCCCGAUAUUUGUGAAGAGUAUUGGCUGUGGGCUUGAAAAAAUUAAAAGGAUGCGGGGUGGCGUUUUCUCAGUUUUUUUACAGUAAAAUAUCAAACCCCCGAUUAAAUGAAUCAUUACAAAAUGUUUAUUGAAACCUCACCUUUAUACAGAUAAUCAUUAUCUGAUUCCUGACAGCUAGUAUCAUCAGUUAGUGCCAUCACCAACUCUCGGUCUGCGCCCUGCCUGUGUCGCUGUCGUCUGUCUGGCUCUCCAUGCAGGCCACAAAAACACCCAAUUUCAUUUUAAAUUUCAUAUCUUACUUAGUAGGAUAUUGUUCGACCUUAUAUAUCGCGCUCAGUAUCUACCUACAGAAGACGGAUAGUCGCAAGGGAGUCUUUGCCAUUGUCUCCUAUUGUGUCUAUCCGUGAAAUCGGCUGACCAGAAAACACGUGGGCCGAGUGGUGUGAAGAUAUCCGGUUUGUACGUUUGCAUUGAAAGCCAGUAACUCCACCAUGGUGAAUCGAGUCACUCCGGAAAAAAGUGCAAAGCUGUGAUUUCCCACCAUCUUCUGCUAAAACAAUAGUUAGUGGUGACCUGGGAGAGACAGAGAUGACUGCAAGACUGCCUGUGAAGUUCAUGAGUCGAAGGGAGCCUUGAUGUGGGCAGUAUGAGUAAGACGCCCCCUAACAGAAGAGGGAUAACAUUUGAAGUGGGAGCUCAGCUUGAGGCCAGAGACAGCCUCAAAAACUGGUAUGCUGCCAACAUAGAGAAGAUUGACUACGAAGAUGAAAAAGUACUAAUCCAUUACCGCCAGUGGAGCCACCGUUACGACGAGUGGUUUGACUGGACAAGUCCCUACCUGAGACCCGUGGAGAGGAUCCAGCUGAGGCGGCAAGGCCUGCAGGACGACACUCCUGUACCUGGCUUUCAUGUGAAUGACAAGGUCCUGGCCAGCUGGUCUGACUGCCGUUUCUACCCCGCUAAGGUCAUUUCAGUCAAUAAAGAUGCAUCCUACACUGUGAAGUUCUAUGAUGGUGUCAUCCAGACAGUGAAGGGUAUACACGUGAAGCCAUUUAUUAAAGAGAAAGGUGGUGUUGGUGGAGGGAAGUCUCGGUCCUCUGAAAGGAACAUGGUUAGGGGGCUCCCAAAUCGCAGAGACAGGAGGCCUCGGGAGAACGGAGGUCCCAAAAACAAGCGAGCUAGACAGAGCACUUCUGACCAGGAAGAGGACAGCAAUAGUGAGGAUGAGGAGCGGGAAGAGGGGAUGGUAAACGAAAAGAUAAAGAAAACGAAUGAUGAGGUAGAGGCUGAACCCACUAUCAAACAGGAAGAGGAAAUAUCUGAGCAGGAAGAUCAGAACAAGUCCAGGGAUGCAGAAAAGGGGACAGGUCUCGAAAAUGGAGUUAAAGUGGAGGAAGAUGACAAACAAAAUGAUGACAGGUGUCACAUAAAUGGAGAGGUGAAGGAGGAACAAGUGGAAACAGAACAGAGUGGAACAAAGCCAUAUACAGAGUCACCCAAGCCAUACACAGAGUUACCCACUCAGAUGUCAGUACAGACAGAGCAGGUGUCUGUCACUAUGACAACCACAGAAUCCAAUGGAGAUGUGGAGCAGAAGCCAAACGUCCAAUCAGAAAGCUCUCAGCCUGCAGCGGAUGUGCAACCCCCCCAGCCUGUGAAACCGGUAAGGAAGCAAGGCUUCCACAACCCCAACAGAUUCAGCAGAGAACCAUUGUACCGAGUAAUCAAAAACCAACCUCCUCCCGUCCUGUCCAUCAACCUCGACCACAACCCAUUUAAGUGCAGCGCUCCUGGCUGCACAAAGUCAUUCCGUAAGGCUAAGCUGCUGCACUACCAUAUGAAAUAUUACCAUGGCGAGGAGCAGCCUCUCGAGGAGGAGCGCAGCCCCACCAGGAGCGUCCAGACCAGGGCCUCUGAGAAACAAGCUACUGCCACCACUUUGGAUGGUACAAAGAGAAGGCGCACCUUCUCUGCCUCUAUGCACUCUGUUGGAGGUGCCGUGGCUCCCCGUGGUGAGGUGAAGACAGCAGGCAGGCGCACAUCAGCCCCGCCUGCAGUCAACACCCAGGGCCAUCAGCAGAGGGCACUGCUGAGGGAGAAGAGCAAGGAGAACCAGCUGGACAGGAACGGAUGCCAGCAACAGGACAAGGACUCAGACAAGAGUGGCUUUGACAUUGGGUCAGUAAAAGACAAACUGAAAGAGAAACCGAAACAGAAGGACUUCCUUCGCAUUAAACUAAAGAAGAAGAAGAAGAAAAAGAAGGCCAAGUCUGACUACACAGGUAGUGAGGAGAAUAUUGACAUCUCAGUAUUGGGUCUUCAGUCCAAAUUGAAUUUGCCACUCAAAUCCCCCCCCUCACACAAUCACAAGCCUGAGGCCUACCCCUGCAGGCCUGGAUACAGCUACUCAGAGCAGAUACAUGUGGAUGAUGAGGAUAGCAUCAGUGACUGGUCCACUGACAGCUGUGGUUGGAGUGACGAUGACUUUGGGGUGGAUUUGGAUGUCACCACACCUCCCCUGAGUGUGGACUCUGGUGCUUUGGACACCAGUGACCAGGAGAUAGUGCGAUGUAUCUGUGAGGUGGAAGAAGAGAAUGACUUCAUGAUCCAGUGUGAAGAUUGUUUGUGUUGGCAGCAUGGCACCUGUAUGGGGCUGCUGGAAGAAAAUGUUCCAGACAAAUACACCUGCUACAUAUGCAGAGACCCACCAGGUCAGAGACAGAGUCUGCGCUACUGGUAUGAUCGCGAGUGGUUGAGCAAUGGUCAUAUGUAUGGCCUUUCCUUCCUGGAAGAGAACUACUCUCACCAAAACGCCAAGAAGAUCACCACCACACACCAGCUGCUGGGAGACGUGCACCACGUGGUAGAGAUUCUCAACGGACUGCAGCUCAAGAUGAAUGUCUUACAGAGCAACACCCACCCUGACCUGCAGCUGUGGCGGCAGCCAUGGAAGCAUUUGGAGAGGUCACGGACUGGCCCCGACUCAUGUCGGGGCAGUGACGCAGCUCCAUCUCCUGUGACUCCCGAUGAGGACAUGAGCAGAGGAGAGAUUUUAAUGUCCAAUGCUUUGGAGAAGCUGAGCCGGGCUGCUACAACUGCCACCUCCUCUUCAUCCUACUCCUCUUCCCCCUUCCCAUCUUUCCAAGACUCAUACAUUACCAGUGAACACUGCUACCAGAAACCGCGUGCAUACUACCCAGCGGUGGAGCAGAGGCUGGUGGUGGAGACCCGACAGGGCUCAGAGCUGGAGGACAGUAUGAGAAGCACUGAGGAGCUCCUGGAGCGGGAGCAGCGUUACGGGAGCCUGCUGGAGACAGAUAAGCCCAAAUCAACAGGCACCAGUAACAAGGUUUCGUUGGGUGGCUUUUGGUCCCAGGUUGAGAUAAGGGAUGAGGGUGGGAGAGAUCCUGGAGAGGCUGCAGAUAACAGCAGACAGCAUCAACAGUGGCAGAUCAACCUGCUGGAUCACAUUGAUGCAGUCCAGGACGAGGUUUCGCACAGGAUGGACUUCAUUGAGAGGGAGCUGGAUGUGCUGGAAAGCUGGCUGGACUUCACAGGAGAGUUGGAGCCUCCGGAACCUCUGGCCCGUCUGCCUCAGCUCAAACACCGCAUGAAACGGCUGCUGACACAGCUGGGCAAGGUGCAGCAGAUCGCCCUGUUCAGCUCCACAUGAGGGCGCCAGAGAACAGCAGCAGCUGCAGAAACAACACAGCGGAGGAAGCUCGCGGGUCUCUCUGGCUGCAGAGAUAACAAUAUUAAUGCAAGUGCAAGGCUCAGAUUGUCCAGCACAGUCUCUCUGACCUGAUUUCUGCUGCUGUUUCUCCCUUUUCAAAAGGGUUUGUGUGGUGGAAUCUGGUGCUACAGCAAACCAGUGUCUCAUAUGAAUAUUUAUAUGAACAUGUAUGGAAAGUUAGCAUCAUAAAUCAGGAUUAAACACAAAAAGUAACCUCGUAAAGGCAGGAGAAAAUCCUAAGGACCACAUUAGACUUCUAUGGUUCCCAUGCAACUUUAAACCUUCUGAAUGCCUUUUGUCUGAGCUACUGCUUAAAGUUGCCCUGUCUCUCUCAGUACACAGUGCUUUACAUGCAGAAGCUUUAUAUUCGAAAUCGCAAUCGAGUUCCUGAAUCUACACGGCCUCUUUGCAAUAGUUUUUUGAACGUGUUUUCAAAUGGUGGCUGUUUUUGCAUCAACCAUACCCCAAAGUUCAAUUUUGGUCACCUGUCAUGCCAUACUGCAUUAAACCUCUUGUUCUAAGUGUGGACAGGUUGUAACUUGAAGACAUCCAGUAUGUAACGACGCUGCACAAGCAGUCUCUACGAAUAAUUUGUUCUGUUUUUGACCUACUCAAGGGUUUGUUUUAUACUACACUGUGAAGUUAUUUUUGUCUGGAAUCAAAGGCAUCUUAUUUUCAGCUUUAGAGACGGUAAGAAGUGUGGUUUCUGUUUUGUCUUAAACGGUAACGCUUCUUUCAUAACAGUCCUCAUCAGUGUAUCAGUUUUAUCAGUUAAUCUUUGUGUUUGUCACUUAACGUAUACCUUACUUCAGUUUACUCUUUGCAUUGUUGUUACUGUAGCACUUGACCUAUGAUUCACUGAAAACUGUAAUGUAGGCUUGUCUCUUCUUAACCUAGCGUCUUGUGCUUUGUCAAUGACAAAUACUACUUAGAAGACCUGUAAAAUUCUUCUUCGUUUUUUUUCUAUUUCAUCUGUUUAUUUACCGUGUUUUGGCUGUUUUGUAAAUAUGUUAUUCAAAAAUGUGGUCUUCUUUAUUGAAAACAUUCUCCAAAUACAGAUAUUGUAUGCUACUGUACUGUAAGUGUCCGGCUUAGAAGCAGGGAAAAUGUCCAAAACAAUGCAAACAGAUUUGCUGGUACAUAAAUAAACUAUCAUUGUUAUUAAUCAC